AUGGAGUUCGGGAGGAAGAAGCCCUUGAGCCUUCUGGGGCUGUGCGUCCGGAAGGCCAUCGACAACCUCCGCUACAUGGAAAGCGUGGACGGCGUCGAGAUGGAUCUGCUGAAGCGCAUCCUGCCGCACUGCACGCUGGAGCACCUCACCAACAUCGAGAAGAACACCAAGGCGAGAAAAAAGAAACAGAAGCAAGCUGAAGAUGAGAUGGUUGAGAAAUUCACAAAGCAGUUUCAGGCAGAGAAAGCUUUUAUUUCCCGUACUAAUCUAGCCUAUAUUCUUGCAGGAAGUGGACCUAGCAGUCUAUCCAAUUGCAGCUACAAGAGCCCUAUGCUGAAAAAGGCUAGGAUGGAGGCUGACAAUCGAGCAAGAUUGCAAUCUGCUAUCCAAAGGAACACUUUUGCGAGGUCAUCUCAGCCGAUAAGGACGACCUCUUUUAAUGGACAGCGUCACCAAACCAUCACCAAACCGAUUCAUAGACCCAAUUCAAUCAUCACCGUCACCAAACCGAUUCAUAGACCCAAUUCAACCAUCACCGUGUGGGUGCGAGCAGGCUUCACAGACCCAAUUCAACCAUCAACAAGCCGAUGGGUGUGGACAGGCAAAUUCAGAACAGCAGGCCCAAAUUCUAGAAAAUGGUUUGCUGCAACAUCGCAAGGUCCUCUGCAGGAAGCUCAUGUGUGCGACAUCGCAAGGUCCUCUGCAGGAAGCUCAUGUGUCCUCUGCAGAAAGCAUCUCCUUUGUACAAGCUGUGCUACAUUCCACCCCCCAGCUGUGCAGUUGGAAUUGUAUCUCAAAAGGAGUAGCACACCGUAG